AUGGCCCGUGUCGUGCUCAGCAGCGCCCUGGGCCUUCAGCUUCUCCAGUACUUGCUCUUUGUCCUAGUGGCCGAGGAUGUGGCCGCCUGCUUUGGUGGGGGGUCCGGGGAGGAGCAACUCUGCGCUGACUUUCCCGAGCUUGACCUCUCCCAGCUGGACGCCAGCGACUUUGACUCAGCCACCUGCUUUGGGGAGCUGCAGUGGUGCCCGGAGAGCUCCGAGACUGAACCCAGCCAGUACAGUCCCGACGACUCAGAGCUUUUCCAGAUAAUCGACAGCGAGAAUGAAGCUCUCCUGGCAGCGCUCACCAAGACCCUGGACGACAUCCCCGAAGACGACGUGGGUCUGGCCGCCUUCCCGGCCCUGGACGGUGGAGACGCACCAUCCUGUACUUCAGCUUCGCCUGCCCCCUCAUCUGCACCCCCCAGUCCCAGCCCCUCCCUGGAGAGGCCCCAGGCCCCAGCGCCUGAGGUGGACGAGCUCUCACUGCUGCAGAAACUCCUCCUCGCCACGUCCCACCCGUCCUCAAGCUCCGAUACCCAGAAGGAAGGGACCACCUGGCGCCAGGCAGGCCUCAGGUCCAAGAGUCAGCGGCCUUGUGUUAAGAUGGACGGCACCCAAGACAAGAAGGUCCCCACGGUGCAGUCUCAGAGCCGGAGUUGUACGGAACUGCAUAGGCACCUCACUUCGGUGCCCUCCUGCCCCCAGACUAAAGCCCGCUCCCCAGACAGGGGCUUGCAGCCGCCACCCGCUCUGAGCCCCCAGCUCCCAGCCAAGGAGGAUGAGGAACCCGGUGAGGACUGCCCGAGCCCCCAGCCGGCUCCAGCCUUGCCCCAGGACUCCCCGGCACCGGGCAGAGCGCGUCCCGGCACCCAGGUUUCCCGGGAAGACAUGCACGCCGUGGUGCAGCUCAUUCGCUACAUGCACACCUACUGCCUCCCCCAGAGGAAGCUGCCCCCACAGGCCCCAGAGCCAGCCCCCCAACCCUGCAGCAGCCCCUCCAAGCAGGUCAAGCCCCAGCCUCGGUCCCAGCACCCUUCCAAAGCCUCCUGGGCUGAGUUCUCCAUCCUGAGGGAACUUCUGGCUCAAGAUGUCCUCUGUGACGUCAGCAAACCCUACCGCCUGGCCACACCUGUCUAUGCCUCCCUCACGCCCCGGCCAAGGCCCAGGCCCCCCAAAGACAGCCAGGCGUCCCCUGGCCACCCAUCCCCCGUGGAGGAGGUGAGGAUCACAGCUUCUCCCAGGAGCACAGGGCCCAGACCCAGCCUGCGCCCGCUGCGGCUGGAGGUGAAAGGACGCGCCAGCCGGUCGGCCAGGCUGCAGCAGCAGCAGGAGGAAGAGGACGAGGAAGAGGACGAGGACGAGGAGGAGGAGGAAGAAAAAGAGGAGGAAGAGGAGGAGGAGGAAUGGGGCCGGAAAAGGCCGGGCAGAGGCCUGCCGUGGACCAAGCUGGGGAGGAAGCCGGAGAGUUCCGUGUGCCCCGUGCGGCGUUCCAGGAGACUGAACCCGGAGCUGGGCCCCUGGCUGACAUUCUCCGAUGAGUCUCUGGUCCCUGCAGAGCCCCAAGGAGCUCUGUCCUCACUGCACCUGGCUCCCGAGGCCUACGACAUGGAGGGGGCGCUGGGCAGCCCCACGGAUGAGGACAGUGGUCAAGACCAGCAGCUCCCACAGGGACCCCAGAUCCCGGCUCUGGAGAGCCCCUGUGAGAGUGGGUGUGGGGACACGGAUGAGGACCCCAGCUGCCCACGGCUCCCUUCCAGAGACUCUCCCAGGUGCCUCAUGCUGGCCUUGUCACAAAGUGACCCUCCUUUUGGCAAGAAGAGCUUUGAGCAGACCUUGACGGUGGAGCUCUGUGGCACGGCAGGACUCACCCCGCCCACCACACCUCCGUACAAGCCCACAGAGGAGGACCCCUUCAAGCCAGACAUCAAACACAGCCCAGGCAAAGACAGAGCUCCCAGCCUUCCCAGCUUGGAGGGCCUCCAGCUCGAGGCGGCCGCGGGGGCUGCCCACAAGCUGCCAAAGAAGCACCCAGAGCGGAGCGAGCUCCUGUCCCACCUGCGGCAUGCCACAACCCAGCCAGCCUCCCAGACUGGUCAGAAGCGCCCCUUCUCCUGUUCCUUCGGAGACCACGAUUACUGCCAGGUGCUGAAGCCAGAAGGCGCCCUGCAGAGGAAGGUGCUGAGGUCCUGGGAGCCGUCUGGGGUCCACCUUGAGGACUGGCCUCAGCAAGGUGCCCUCCAGGCCGAGGUGCAGGCCUCCAACAGGGAGGAAGACAGAAGCCGUGAUGCCAGCGCCCCCGCCAAGGACAGUGUGCUACUGCGAGACCACGAGAUCCGCGCCAGCCUCACCAAGCACUUUGGGCUCCUGGAGAGCGCCCUGGAGGACGAAGACCUGGCCUCCUGUAAGAGUCCUGAAUACGACACUGUCUUUGAGGACAGCAGCAGCAGCAGUGGUGAGAGCAGCUUCCUCCUUGAGGAGGAGGAGGAGGAGGAGGACGAUGAAGAAGAGGACUCGGGGGUCAGCCCCCCUUGCUCUGACCACUGCCCCUACCAGAGCCCCCCCAGCAAGGCCGGCCGGCAGCUUUGUUCCCGCAGUCGUUCUAGUUCCUGUUCUUCCUCCUGCCGCUCCCGGUCACCAGCCGUCCGAAGGACCUUCAGGUGUGAGAGCAGAGGACCGUGUUCAGACGGAACGCCAAGUGUCCGGCAUGCCAGGAAGCGGCGGGAAAAGGCCAUUGGUGAAGGCCGUGUGGUAUAUGUUCGCAAUCUCUCCAGUGACAUGAGCUCCCGAGAGCUGAAGAGGCGUUUCGAAGUGUUCGGUGAGAUUGUGGAGUGCCAGGUGCUGACGAGAAACAACAGAGGCGAGAAGUAUGGCUUCAUCACCUACCGGUGUUCUGAGCACGCCGCCCUGUCUCUGAGGAACGGCGCUGCCCUGCGGAAACGCAACGAGCCCUCCUUCCAGCUGAGCUAUGGAGGGCUCCAGCACUUUUGCUGGCCCAGACACACUGACUAUGAUUCCAAUUCAGAAGAGACCCUUCCUGCAUCCGUGAAAAACAAGUACGAAGCCAUGGAUUUUGACAGCUUACUGAAGGAGGCCCAGCAGAGCCUGCAUUGA